AUGACAACGGGGGACUGCUGCCACCUCCCUGGCUCGCUGUGUGACUGCCCGGGCAGUGCCACCUUGUCCAAGUCAGUGGACGAUUCGGAUCUGGGGCGCCCCCAGUACGUCACCCAGGUCACCGCCAAGGACGGGCGGCUGCUCUCCACCGUGAUCAAAGCCCUGGGCCCGCAGAGCGAUGGUCCGAUCUGUCGAAUCUGCCACGAAGGCGGGAGCUGGGAGGGCCUCCUCUCGCCCUGCAACUGCACCGGCACCUUGGGGACCGUCCACAAAAGCUGCCUUGAGAAGUGGCUGUCCUCUUCCAACACCAGCUACUGCGAGCUGUGCCACACGGAGUUUGUGGUGGAAAGGCGGCCCCGGCCCCUGUCGGAGUGGCUCAGGCAUCCCGGGCCGCGCAACGAGAAGCGGACGCUGUUUUGCGACAUGGCCUGCUUCCUCUUCAUCACUCCGCUGGCGGCCAUCUCGGGCUGGCUCUGCCUGCGGGGCGCCCAGGACCACAUGCAGUUCAACAGCCACCUGGAGGCCAUCGGCCUCAUUGCCCUGACCAUCGCCCUUUUCACCAUCUACGUCCUCUGGACACUGGUGUCGUUCCGCUACCACUGCCAGCUCUAUUCCGAGUGGCGAAGGACCAACCAGAAGGUCCGGCUGAUGAUUCCCGACGCCAGGAACCCCUCCCCCGCCCCUCACUCCCUGCUCGCGGCCAAGCUGCUGAAGAAGAAAGCCGACGAGACCACCGUGUGA